GGUUUCUUGUUUUUGUAUGACAGAAAUCGGAUUGAAAGAACUUGACAAAGAUUCCUCACAGCCUUUUAUUCGGUUGGUUUCCAAGCUUUGCUGUGAAGCUGCUGGUGUGGCUGAAGUACACGGUUUCCCGGGAACCUUGCCACUUACCUUAAGUAGACGUCAUAUUGAUAUGAUUUGUCACAACGACUAUGUUUUGUUAGAAAAAAGUGAUGGUACUCGUUAUUUCUUAUUGAUUUUGGAGAACCAUGCUUUUCUCAUCGACCGAAAAUAUUCAUUUUAUCCUAUCGUACCCAAACCACCAUUUCCUUUACCCAACGAAGCAAUGAAUUCCACUGUUCAAGAACAUCACGAAACCUUGUUGGACGGCGAGUUAUGUGUCAAUUUGGCUACCGAUACUUGGGAAUACUUGGUAUAUGAUGUGGUUGCUAUACAAGGAGACCAUCGAAUAGGACAAAAGAAUUAUCGCAGCCGCAUGUUGGCAGUCGAAGAUUGGGUUGUACGCCCUCGCUUAUUAGCUGCUUCCACUGCAGGAAGUUUGCGAAUUAGAAUCAAAGAUGUUUACGAGAAAACGGAAAUUGAUCGAUUAUUUUCAAGAAUAUAUAAGAACGAGGAUCGUGACUAUGUUUAUGAGAACGGACAUCGUUUCGAUGGUUGUGUCUGUAAUCGAAACGAUGGUCUCAUUUUUACUCCUGUUCAGUUAGCUUAUCCACUAAAGAGUUGUUCAGCAUUACUCAAAUGGAAGUAUCCUUUGUACAACUCUGUGGAUUUUAUGUUGUUUAUUGAAGUAGAUGGAGGUAAUGAGGAGGAUCCGAGAAAUAUUCACACCUAUUUGGGAUACAAAGGAGACCGUGGAGUAGUAAGAUAUCGAGAAGUCUUCUUUCCAUCCAGUUUGAAGAAAAAGUGGGCCGAGUCACGUUUGGAACAUCAUGAAAAGAUCAUCGAAUGUUCUUAUGACCGAAUGGCUGGAGAAUGGAGGUAUUUGCGACACCGUACCGAUAAAACCACACCUAAUUAUUCGACGACUGUUAUGGAUACUCUGGAGUCCACUGCAGAAUCUAUUACAAGGGAAGAGCUUAUAGAUCGCAUUAAAAAGAACACGAAAGCUACGAAGCCGACCCUAUCACAAAGACGACCAUCUUGGAAGGUAUUUGAACUUUUUGUGGAGUUGCCUUAUAUGAAUAGCAAUUGUUUUUUAGAUAGAAGAUGACGACCUCUUCAACGAUAGUAACAAUCCAAAAUAUCGUAAAACCACUCCCAUUU